AUGCUGGCCAUCUCCAACGAGGCUGUAGCGCAAGAAACUUUUGAGGAGGAAGAACUUGAGAGGUUAAGAGAAGAAGAGGAAUCAGCAUCAAGCGAAGAGGCUGCGACAGCUAAAGUUCAUGUUCAGGGCACACUAGAAGAGAAGGAUGAAAGAAAAGAAGCACCCAAACUUGAACUAAAGGCACUGCCACCCACUCUCAAGUAUGCAUAUUUAGGAGAGAAUGAAAGCUAUCCAGUGAUCAUAAACUCAGCCCUCAUCCAAGAACAAGAGGAGGAAUUACUCCAAGUACUGCAAAAGCAUAAGGAUGCCAUUGGAUGGACACUUGCUGACUUGAAAGAAAUCAGUUCGGCCAUAUACAUGCAUAAGAUACUUUUGGAAGAUGAUGCCAAACUUUCCAUUCAACCCCAAAGGAGACUGAAUCCAGUCAUAAAGGAAGUGGUACAGAAGGAAGUCAUAAAGCUGUGGCAGGGAGGAGUAAUCUACCCAAUUUCGGAUAGCCCAUGGUACAUGCUCGCAUUUGAAAACUUGAAGAAGAAUCUGUCCUCAGCUCCUAUCAUCACCCCACCUGAUUGGAACUUGCCAUUCGAACUGAUGUGUGAUGCAUCUGAUUUCGCAGUUGGGGCAGUGUUAGGACAGAGGAAAGAUAAUUUGGUGCAUGUCAUAUACUAUGCCGGCAAGGAAUUCAAUAUUGAGAUUAGAGACAAAAAGGGUGUGGAGAACAAGGUAGCAGAUCAUUUAUCCAGGAUCCCUUGUGAGAAAGGUGCUACACAUGAUACAAGUGUGAAUGAGUUCUUUCCAGAUGAGCAGUUAAUGUUGGUUCACAAGGCACCCUGGUUUGCAAACAUUGCCAAUUUUAAGGCAACUGGUGACUUGCCUCCUGGAAUCAACAAACAUCAAAAAAGAAAACUCAUCAAUGAUGCUAAAUAUUUCAUUUGGGAUGAACCAUAUCUCUUCAAGAAGUGCUCAGAUGGAAUCCUUAGGAGGUGCAUUUCAGAAGAAGAGGGACGAGAGGUCCUAUGGAAUUGCCAUAGUUCUAGCUUUGGAGUGGACUAUGUAUCUAAGUGGGUGGAGGCCGUGGCAACCCCAACAAAUGACAACAAGGUGGUCAUAAACUUUCUUAGAAAGAAUAUCUUCAGCAGAUUUGGAGUUCCACGAGCCCUCAUCAGUGACGGAGGGAGUCAUUUUUGCAACAGACCAUUAGAGACCGUACUCCUAAGGUAUGGGGUGAAGCAUAAGGUUGCCACACCUUAUCAUCCCCAAACAAGUGGGCAAACCGAGAUAUCCAACAGAGAGUUAAAAAGGAUCUUGGAAAAGACUCUGGAGCACAAAGCCUUUUGGGCUCUCAAGAUACUAAACCUCGACAGCACUACUGCUGGUGAAAAAAGGGGUCUUGCAGCUACAAGAACUAGAAGAGUUUAG